CGGGACUUGGAGGCCGAGCUUCGCGGAGCACGCGUCAGGCUGAAGCACUAUGCGGUUCUACCUUCUGUUUCUCCUCCUCGUCCAGGGCUGUGGCCUUGCUGUUGGCAAGUUCAAUGACUUCGACGACACAGAUGACAUCGUAGAAUACGACGACAAUGACUUUGCAGAGUUUGAAGACACAAACGACGAUGCCCCCGAGGAGGUCCUGCAAAAAGUCACUACUGUACAAGAUGAUGAGGAGGAGGCGACUGUGGAGCUGGAGGAGCAAGAUGAAAAUCAGGAGGAUUUUGAGGACCCAGAUAUAGUCGGAGAAGGAGAUGCAGAAGGAGAGCCAUUCGAUGAUGAAGAAUUUGAAGGCUAUGAGGAAGCAGACAGACCUUCCAGCAGAAGCAAAGAUCCCAUUAAAAUUGUUAAUGUUCCCCAUCACCUACAGAACAGCUGGGAGAGCUACUACAUGGAGAUUCUGAUGGUGACAGGCCUUUUGGCGUACAUCAUGAACUACAUCAUCGGUAAAAAUAAAAACAAUAGGCUGGCUGCUGCGUGGUUCAACUCUCACAAGGAACUGCUGGAGGGUAACUUUUCCCUGGUUGGGAUGAUGGGAUUAAUAAAGAACCCUACCAGCACAGGGAAACUGAACCAGGAAAAUGAGCACAUCUACAAUCUGUGGUGCUCAGGGAGAGUAUGUUGUGAGGGAAUGCUAAUUCAGCUAAAGUUUUUGAAACGGCAGGAUCUCCUGAAUGUUCUUGCAAGAAUGAUGAGGCCUGCCAGUGACCAAGUGCAAAUCAAAAUAACCAUGAACGAGGAAGACAUGGACACCUACGUGUUUGCCAUUGGGUCACGGAAAGCCAUGAUCCGGAUGCAGAAGGAAAUGCAGGAUUUGAGUGAGUUCUGCAGUGACAAGCCCAAGUCAGGGAUUAAAUUUGGGCUUCCUGAUUCACUCUCCAUCCUGUCUGAAAUGGGUGAGGUCACAGAAGGAAUACUGGACAAUAGGAUGGUGCACUUCCUAUCAAAUCACGCCGACAAGAUCGAGUCUGUUCAUUUCUCAGACCAGUUUUCUGGGGUGAAAAUUAUGCAAGAAGAGGGUCAACCCCUCAAGCUGCCUGACACUAAAAAGACACUACUGUUUACAUUUAAUGUGCCUGGAAUCGGCAACACUUACCCAAAGGACAUGGAGUCCCUACUACCGUUAAUGAAUAUGGUUAUUUACAGCAUUGACAAGGCAAAGAAGUAUCGUCUCAACAGAGAGGGUAAGCUGAAAGCCGAUAAAAAUCGUGCUCGCGUGGAGGAGAACUUCCUAAAGAUGACGCAUGCACAACGUCAGGAAGCUGCUCAGAUCCGCAGGGAGGAGAAAAAGCGAGCAGAGAAAGAACGAAUCAUGAACGAGGAGGACCCCGAGAAACAGCGCAGGCUAGAGGAGGCCGCUCUCCGUCGCGAGCAGAAGAAGCAGGAGAAGCGGCAGAUGAAGAUGAAACAGAUCAAAGUGAAAGCGAUGUAGGAGCACCAAAUAACCAGGGUGGGGAAAGAUGAGGAUGCUGCCUGGAGACAGCAGGCCACAUCAAAUUGAAAUGUUUGAUUUUAAUGUUUAAAAAAAAACUCAGGGCACUCAAAUAAUUGAUCUGCAGUUUAUACAACCCGUUCCACUUAUGCUGUCCUUGGACAAUCUGGAGUAUUUUUCCUUCCUCUUACUCUACUUCUCGCCUCAACUCUGCAUGAAAGUCUUUAUAUGUUCUGUACAGUGCUGAGGUUAGGCAUGGAAUUUAGACUGAUGGUUUGGGCAUUUGCUCCACAUUGCAAACAGUGAGAUGCAUCAGUGCUAUCGCGGAUGCCUGGUUUAACCCUGUCGUCUUCAGGUGGUCAUUGUUGCAGAUAUUAGAUUUAUCAAACUGUUACCUCCUGCCUGUUCAGCAUUUUUUUUUGAUGAAGAGCCCCAGACAAGUUUCAUUGAACUUGAAUGGUCUUCAAAGACUCUUUGCAAAAAUGAACUGCAAGGAUCAGUGUGUAAGCUAUGUGGUGGCUUGGUUCUGUCCCAUGCGAUUUGCUGGUGUUAAAUUGAGCAAUGUGAAGCCUUUUAAGGAUGUGGCUCCGCCUUAGUGAUUGAAAGCAAUUCUCAGUUGCUGGGUGGAUUAGUGGGCAGGGGUCUGAGUGGCUUCAGUCACUCAGGCAGGGCUGUUCCUGCACUAAAGAAGCAACAUUUGCUGGGGUUUCUGCACCCGAGCAUUUCCUUGUCUUCACCAUUUCUUCACAUCCACUCCUUUCCAGGAAUUGAACAUCAGGCAAGGAGCGUAGGAGACAUGAGAGACUGGUAGAUGCUGUAAUCUGGAGCAAAAAACACACUACUGGAGGAACUCGGGUCAAGCAGCGUCUGUUGGAGGCUAAAGGCUAGUCAGUAUCUGGAGUCGAGACCCUGUGUCAGUGUAAAGAGGUGAGAGGGAGGGGUGAGACAGGCUGGUAGGUGAGAGGUGGAUCCAGGUGAGGAGGGAGAUAAUGGGCAGAUGGAGGGAGGGAUGUGGAGGUAGAGAUGGAGGCUGGAAGGUGACAAGUGGAAACAGGAGGUGGCAGAUGCUGGGAGGUGAUAAGGUGAUUGUUUACUUAAAUUCCAGCAUUGCAGCCUCUUGUUCACACAUCACCUUCCAGCCUCUGUAUCUACCUCCUCCCACCUGGCUAUGUCUGCCCCCUUUUUUUCCCCCUCUGCCGUCACCCACCAGCCACUGUCUCCUGACUCCACCCCCACCUGUCUCCAUCUGCCCAUCAUCUAUUGCCUGCCAGACCCUGUCGCACCCCUCCCUCACUUCCCUUUAUACCAACUGUCUCUGCUCUACUCUCACAGUCCUGAGGCAGGGUCCUGACUAUUGGCGAUCCCUCUGCCUCCACAGAUGCUGCUCAAUCCAUUGGAUUUCUCCAGCAGUUUGUUUCUUGCACAAGAUUAGCGUAACUUUGCUCAGUUUAAGACGUUAAGCAGUUGAUCAAAACUCCACGCAGUGAGUGGCCAGUUUAGAGUGGACAUCAUUCAAGAACAAAAUCCUGGUACGUACACUUUUUUAAAGGUGGGGUUGGGGCUGGGUGAGGAAGAGAAUGGAAGGAGUGUGAAUUAUGUCAUUCUGGCCAGUUGCUGCCAUUUGGACCAUCCCUACCUCCAUCUAACGGUGAAUCUGUGACCAGUGAGAAGCAUUCUCCUCCAUUCAUUCUGGUGUCUGGACAUCUCCAGGCCAAAAGCAUGUAGUUUUUACAGUUUUCCUGGCAAAGUAAACAUUCAGCCAAGGGCCCACACGUGCUAGCCUGUGCAUGACCUGCAAUGGUACACAUGCUUCUUGUCAAAGGCCACAGAAUUUAGGGAUGAGUUAUGUGAUGGGGACUGGAAAAUGUACAUCUGGUGCAGAUCAUCGGCUUAAGGCCUUGGAACCUGUCAUUUCAUUCACCCCAGUCAUCAACUUGAGUUGCUGGGACAGCCUUCACAUCUGGCCAACAAAGACAAUAAAGAUGUUUGACUCCGGGCACUGGAAAACAGCUGGAAAGCACUUGGUUCAUCUGCUGGCUGCAGACUACACAGCAGUAACUAACAAAGCUGGCGCAGAUCUUCAAAGGUUCUCCAGGUGCUAAUAGAUCCACUCUGAAUCCUGUCAGCCCCUAGCUGGCUUUCAUGUGGAUUUAUCUGGUGUGGGGAAAGAAGCAAGAAGUGAAGUGUAGGGUCACCAGUGCAGUUGCUCUCCUUUCCAAAUACUGAGAGUUUGCUGCCUUGUAAUAUCUACCAGUAAAACCAAAAUACAUGUUAAUUUGGAACCCCAGUACCAGUGGAUUAGCAUCUUUCAUGUUCAAGAUUUGCUGUAAGACUUGGUGACUGACUGCGUACAUACUAGAAGUGUUCAUGUGAUCUUUGGAGGAUUAUCUCUGGUUUCAGGAAGAUGCUUGCAGUGAUGUGUCACCUUACAGAAGCAUAUUGCUUAGUCAGUUUCUUCUCAGCUUGAGCUAUUUAACUCAUUAGCUGGCUCAAUCCUGCAUUUGAACAUCUCACGGAGGCCAGAGUUUUAAAUGUGAUAUCAGAUAUUUGUCCCUAGACUGAUGAGGAUAUGGUGAAUGAAUGUUUUGGAAUUGAUCCUGUGAUACAGCAGGCUAUGUUGUGUGCAUCCCAGGACAAGAAUCCACAAGUUAAUCCCUGCAACAAUGCAUUUUUAAUAGAAGAUUUUAAAUCUGCUCUUCACUUGAAACAUUAUUGUGUUGAAAUGUCAAUGACAUCUAUAAAACUCCUGACUCUCCUCCAUCUGAUUUAAUUUUCUCUUAAACUAUAUUGCCUUGAAAUGCUUUUAGUCCCACUUCCUGCCCUGUCACAGAGUUCCAGAUUUCUACUGUUUAUGUGAAUAGGUGCUUCCUGAUGUCACUCCUAAAUGGCCCAACACUCCCUGGAGCCGGAAUUUUGCACAUGCUGCUCAUGCAAUGGUCCUGGAUUUUUAUAAAGUCAGCAAGAAACUGUUUAACCAAAUAUUUAAAUACAUGUAAACCCUGUCUUCCAGACCUGCGUAACAUGGGGUUCAGAUGGUAUGAUGUCAAUGCAUCAGCCUCUACAUUAGUGAACCAGUUUAAUCUUAAACACCAUUGAUAGAUUAUGCAAUAUAAACCAUGUGUGAAGGCAUGGAGGAGCUCGGUCAGUAAUUCAGGAUUAUUUAGUAUGCAACGGAUACCAUGUCAAUGGGUUUGAUUCAAGUUUCUGUACAGUGGCUAAACUUGACCAGUGCAGCAAUAGAAGAACAACAGUAAGGCUCAACAGAUAGCUAGUUAAGGGCAAGAAAAUAUCAGCUGACCUCGCCUACUGAUUCCCACUCUCCAAUAGCCCCAGAGAGUUCAGGUGGCACCUGCAGUGGGUGGUCCAUCUGAAACUCAGUCUGGGGUUUGGGUAGGCAAUGUUCCUGGGAGGAAUGUCAAAAGAGUUUGUAUCCCAGGGAUGGUAAUGUGUCCAAGGGAGAAAAUGGCUAAAAAGACACAGUUGAGUGUUGAUCUUCAGUACUCAGCUGCAUAUUGGAAUGGAGACUAAAUCUGAUUAUUCUGUUAAUGUAACAAAGUAAAUUUCCAUUUGUACAUUUGUUGAGAAAGGAAAUUCCCUUGGCAUGUGGAUCUAGCCCUUGCAAUAUUCAGCCGCAGGGUAGAGAUUUGACUGAUCUGUUCUGGAUGAAAACCCAAGCCCUUUGCCACCUUGCAGUAAAAUCGCUUCUGCUGGUAUUCCAUGUAUUGUAUCUGCCAUUUUAAUCCAGUACUGCAGAGAAACACAAGAUUGAAAGAGGGGAGUGUAAGCAGAAUCUUUUUGUUCUUGAGUUUUAUUUAAGUAAACGGAUAAUAUUGAAUCUAUCAUGGUAUGUGCUGUGGUAAGCAUGGACUUAAUAAUAAAAAAAUCUUUA